AUGGUUACAUUCAUAGCACUUAAUGUUGGUGGUGUAUUCUUUAACACUACAAAAGAAACGCUUUUGAAACAUGGUGAUGGAUAUUUUUCGAAUCUUUUUAAUAAUGCAAUGGAAAGAAAAAGAAUACAUGACGACAAGGAAUUAUUGGAAGAUUUAUUAACGGAAGCAGAAUUCUUUGGAAUCAAUAAACUUGUCAACGAUAUCAAAUCUCUAAUCGAUCCAGGAAUUGAAAAGAUACGUCUUUGGCAACUCGAAGAGUAUUUGAGGAAAGGUUAUCAUGUGAUUACAACUGGUCGUUAUUCUAAUUCUAAUUGUAGACAUACAUCUGUUGAAUUAGUAGAAGAUAAUGCUUAUUUUGUUUUAGUAACAACUAAUAGUAAUAUUCCUAUGAGAAAAGGAAUAGAUAUUGAUAUUGAUAAGAGAACAGUGUUAUCUCGACUUAAAUGA